GAGGGGAGUUUAAACUAAGUGCUAUGUUUUGGGACAGGCUAAUCUGCUAGCGAGCAGUGUGAGGAUCGGAGCGUAUUGUGUGAGCCAGUGUGCGGGGGAAAGAUAAGGGAGCCAGCCAGCCAGCCAGCCCGACGCACCGCCUGCCUGCCUGCCUUGCUGCCUGCCUUUAAUGUGCUGACUCUGGGGAGAUUUUAAAAGACAGCGCACUGACUCCUCAGACGCGUGUUUGUGCGUGGAGAAACGCACUCAAACGCCUCCAACAAAACAGCCACAUCCAGCCUGAAGUCCAUCAGCAGACAGAGGAGCGAAAGAACAACAUCAAAAACACUGAGAAACAGGAUUGAAAUAUCACAGCUCCCCUAUCAGAAAUUAAAGAGGAUUUUUUUUCAAUAUAUAUAUCCUCAUUUUUUUCCUCCCAAUUGAUUUAAUUUUUUUUUUCCUUUUCCCGGGACAGAGUGAGUGAAGAAAACAGGAGGGAGCAGGAAAAACUGAAGAGAAUCCCCCCUCCCAAAAAAAAAAAAAAAAAAUCUAAUCAAAGGACAGAUCUAGAACCUCAUCGCGCAACAUGUUUGAAAUAAGCCGAACACUCAACGCUGCUUUGUUGAGCAACGAGCAUCUCAAGAUGAUGGCGAAGUACGGGCAGCUCUCGGGACUGGCAGCCAGUGGCGUGGGCUCCGUCCCCGAGACGCACGCGCCGCUAUUUUCCAGGGAUCCCCUGUCAUCGCCCGCCCAGAUGGGCUACAGGUCACCCCUGGGGACGACAGAGACACAGUGGCGUCAGGCAGAGCUCCCACAGCUCCAGGGCUGGGCAGAGAAGGGAUUGCUGACACAGCCAAAGAUGAUCAUCAGUAACAUGGAGGCUCCAGUGACAAACGGCCCCAGCGGUGGAGGCAACACAGCCAACGGCCCGAACACCAACAGCCGUGGCUGCCCCUCACCAAUGCAGACCGGUCCAACAAACGACGACAGCAAGACGAACCUCAUAGUAAACUACCUGCCUCAGAACAUGACCCAGGAGGAGUUCCGCAGCCUGUUUGGUAGCAUCGGUGAAAUCGAGUCCUGCAAGCUAGUUCGUGAUAAGAUCACAGGGCAGAGCCUUGGCUACGGUUUCGUCAACUACAUUGACCCAAAGGAUGCAGAGAAAGCCAUCAACACAUUAAAUGGACUCAGACUUCAGACGAAAACAAUCAAGGUGUCGUAUGCGCGACCCAGCUCUGCCUCCAUCCGUGAUGCCAACCUGUAUGUUAGCGGCCUGCCCAAGACCAUGACCCAAAAGGAGCUGGAGCAGCUUUUCUCCCAGUACGGACGCAUCAUCACGUCCCGUAUCCUCGUCGACCAGGUCACAGGCCCCGCAGGUGGCUCCCGAGGUGUUGGCUUCAUUCGCUUUGAUAAGAGGAUAGAAGCAGAAGAGGCCAUCAAGGGCCUAAAUGGUCAGAAACCUUCUGGUGCCGCCGAGCCAAUCACAGUCAAGUUCGCCAACAACCCAAGUCAGAAGACCAGCCAAGCCCUGCUAUCACAGCUCUACCAGUCUCCUAACCGCCGAUACCCCGGCCCACUUCACCACCAGGCGCAGAGGUUCAGGCUGGACAAUUUGCUUAAUAUGGCCUAUGGCGUAAAGAGGUUUUCUCCCAUCACCAUUGACAGCAUGACCAGCCUGGUGGGGAUGAACAUCCCCGGGCACACGGGUACCGGCUGGUGUAUUUUUGUGUACAACCUUUCCCCGGAUUCAGACGAGAGCGUGCUCUGGCAGCUGUUCGGCCCGUUCGGUGCAGUAAACAACGUAAAGGUGAUUCGUGACUUCAACACCAACAAGUGCAAGGGCUUCGGCUUCGUCACCAUGACGAAUUACGAUGAGGCGGCCAUGGCCAUCGCCAGCCUCAACGGCUACAGGUUGGGCGACCGUGUCUUGCAAGUCUCCUUCAAGACUAACAAGACACACAAGUCCUGAACUCUCGACAGCUAGAGGGAGACGCCCCGAGCCUUUCUCUGCUCCAAAUUUGCCCUCCGACCCCUCCCCUCCACCUCCACUUGUCCCUUAGGUCCCUUCAACCACCACCACCCGACUACAGCCAUCCAACAGCAGAAUUAACUCCGGAACAGAAAGCAGCCUACAGCCCAUCUAACAAAUUGAACUAUAAAUGGCUUAUAUUAUAACUUUGGACCUAUAAGCCAAUGUUGCCUGAGUAUUACAAAAAUGAAAUGAUGAAAAUGUUGAUACGUUUUUUCGAAGCUCCUGUGAUAAUGCAGGCUUCUCUUUGUUGUAUAAUCUUUUUGUUUGUUGUGAUUGUUGAAUAUAUUUUCUCUUCUGUGUAAACAGUAGCAAAUCCCCAUAUUUCAGAGAAGAGAACGUCCUUUUAAGAUCAGAGCCUUAUCUCUGUCUGAUUCAGGAUUUAGUUUUAUUUUGUAAAUCCGGAUCCACUGUCGUUAGUAUUAUAUACCUCCCUGAUCAGUAAAAGGGAGGGGGCUCUUUUUUAAAUUGUGAAACCAUUCAUUCAUUUGUAGCGUGUAUUUAAAAGCUUCCCCGUAUUGAUUAUGAAUGGGAUUCUAUAAUCCCUGUAACUCAGAUGUAGAAAAAAAAUAUUUCUAACAUUGUUUUUGUUUUGUAUCGCAAACAAAACAUAAUGUCUUUCUUCACUGGGAUUCAGGGAGAUGGGGUGAGGGAGGGGAUGGGUUAGCUUUCCUGAUGACAUGUUAAGUAAUUUAAAAUGAUUUAAAAAAAAAAAAAAAGACACUGUUGCCAAAGAGAAGAUCUCUUUGCUUGGAAAAAAAAAUGCGUUUAGAAAAAGAUAAAUAGAAAGAAGAUCUAUUUUUAUAAAUGAUAAUUAAAAUAAUAAUUAUUGAAGAAUUUUUACAAGAAUCUGGAUUUGAAAAAAAAAGAGACAAAUAUUUUGACUGGCUAACUGGGGGGCCGGGGUGGGCGGGAGGGGGCACCACCUUGUCUUGUCGUUCUGCCGUGGUACUUUAUAGGAUCAGAGAUUGUUGUUUUUUGGUGAAACCGGGUUUGGUCGGGAUUUUGUAGAAAGGAGGAUUUUGUGAAAAAGACGAUGCAAAUGGAGGCAGGUGAUUUUGGUAAUUUUUUCACGUGUACUAGUGCAUAAUUCAACAGCGAUACCCAAAAGGGAAGGGAAAGGGGUCUUUCCGAGGCCUAAUAAACCUUAUAGUCCAGAGCCCAAAGCAAGAAGACCCUUUUGUCCACUUGUUUUCCUGAUUUUAGUCACAAGUCAAUAUGAGAUACAUAGAUAUAUACACAUCUAUCCAUUUAAAGAGCAUAUCUAUUAUCUAUAUCAUUUUCUUUGCUCUACGUUUGUGAACUUAACAUUUGAAGAGAACUUCCUUUAGCGAUCAACCGUAGGUGCUAUACUACAUUAUUCACAUAUCUUAAAUAUCCAACUUUGUUGUUCUAUGUGUUGUUUAAAGAAAAAUACUUUGAUGUUGGCAUUAAAUUUAGCUGCUGUUCUUUGUUUAAUAUUUGUUUAAUGUCGGCCCACGAAUCUAGUGAGACCAUUUCAAUGCGGAAGUUAAACUGACUUGGGGCCUUGUAAGAAUCACUGAACAAAUUUGUACUUUUCUUUUUCUUUCUUUGUUUUGUUUUGCUUGCUGACUUUUAGGUUACUUGCUGAGCGUGAUACGUUUGUCAAAAUUUAAUGAUGAUUAGCUAGUUCUGUUAGUCUAGAUAUUUUCCUUAAAAAGGAUCUAUGACAACUGUGUCUUUAUUUGCUGUGUACAAAUAGAUGAUAUAUAUAAAUAUAUAUACAGUCUACAUUUGUUUUACAAUAUCUACUGUACUUAUCUGAGUUGUCACUGUUCUUUCGUUUGAGCUUGUCUUUUUCAUAUGACAGUUUAUUAUAAAGUGGUGGUUGAGUUAUUUAGAAAACGAUUGUGAGGAAACUGUUCAAUUGUUGUCAUGUUGCUUGUGGAGAAAAAAAAUUGGAUUAACUUUUAAGUUAACUACUGCAGCAAAAGAAACUGAACAAAAUCUUAAAGAUAUAAGUGUAUUUGUUUAUUUACUUAUCUAUUUUUAAACUAUUUAUUUUUUCUAUUUAUUUGUAUUUAUUCAAUAUUUAUUAACUUCUUGAUUUCUAUGUGUAUUUAUGUAUUUAUUUGUUUCAUUGUCUGUGUAUUUGCGUGGUUCUGGUACAGGGAGGGGGGCGUUUCUGAGCAAAAGGGAACAAAGCGACUAGUGGAGAGGCUCAUCCAGUAGUCCACUGCACUGAGAGAACUUUUAGUACAUUUGUGCUUUGUACCAAUAUAUCAAAAUUACAAUAUAAAAAACCUAAAAGUCAAGAAAACUGAAAAAAAUGUUUGGAGGGUUGGGGGACGCUCUUCCCUUAUUACUAGAAACAGUUACUCGCUAUGCAUAACCUAGUUAAUAGUUAAAUUUGCUAUUGCUUUUUUCCUUGUCUUGUUAAAAAUGAAAUCUCUAGAUCUUUUUCAAUAAAGUUUAGUCUUAUUAGAAUGUUAUAAACAGUUGUUCUGGUUCAAUAUAACCUGUGAUAAGUUUGUGUAGUUCUAAAAAAGCCACUCCGUCCACACCCUCCCUCCACUUACUACCGCUUUGUGAUGAAACCUUAUGCAAAAAUGUGGGUCUGAAAGCAUAGUUUUCAGUUUUCUGUUACAAAUAAGAAUAAGAAAAAAAAAAACAUUUUAACGUACAGCUCUUAGAGACUUUGGUA